CAGCGUCUAAAAGACACUGAAAGCGAGAUAUUUGCACAGAAAAAGUAAUAGACAACACCCGCCAUGUUCCUUGAAGAUAGGAAGAGGUGUGCUCACCUUAGCUUACGGCAGGGUUGCUCACAGGUGAGGGAGUGGUCUCCUGCCACCUCUUGCUCCUCUUAACAGUCUGUCAGGCCUGAAAUCUCCGUCAGGACUAACGCUCUUUGCCUGUUUUUCUCCGAGGAAUUCAAACAGAAUCAGGAUGUUUCUGGUAUGAUGGUGCCCAUCCAGCCGUGACCAUGUAUGAGGUGAUGUCAGGUGACACCCUGGCCUGGAAGGUGCCCAGUCCAAGAGAGAGCACCACAGCGUCCAGCCUUGAAUCACACUUUUCAGGAGAUGGAGGGCCAACAAAAAUCCUCAAAGUGUGCUUCUGCACCAACAAUAACCUUGGAAAGAACUUUAAGCUGGUGAAAUGUGACAGUUCCUGGCAAAUCAGAGCCAUCAUUCGUUCGAUUUUGAUCAGCGGCCGAUUGGGGCCUAACAUAGAACUUGCAGGAUGCUACGGUCUCCUGCUCAAACACUUGAAGUCAGAGGAACUUCACUGGCUGCAUCCAGAUCUGACAGUCGGGGAGGUGGAACAACGCUACGAGAGCCAUCAUGUAGAAGCUGAGUGGAGGUAUGACCUUCGAAUCAGAUACAUUCCUGUCAAUUUCUUGGAAAAAUUCAAAGAUGACAGAUCCACGUUUCUAUAUUUUUAUCAACAGGUUCGUAGUGACUACAUGCAGUAUCAUGCCAGUAAGGUCAGUGAUGGGAUGGCCCUGCAGCUUGGCUGUUUGGAGAUUAGGAGGUUCUAUAAAGACAUGAAUGCAAAAGGUCUAGAAAAGAAGUCCAACUUUGAGCUGCUAGAAAAAGAAGUGGGCCUGGACCUUUUCUUUCCUCCAGAGCUGAUUAACAGCAUGAAGUCAAGGCAGCUUCGUAAGUUGAUCCAGCAAACAUUUCAACAGUUCGCGACUCUCAAAGAGGACGACUGUAUGGUCAAGUUCUUUGAGACCCUCAGAGAGUUCACCAAUUAUGAUGAAGAGGUUUUCCAGUGUGAACUAGUGCAAGGUUGGAGUCUGUCGGUGGAGCUGGUCAUCGGUGGGAGGGGAAUCCGCCAACGCACACAGAAGGAUUCAGCGGCUGUUUUUCUGGCCGACUUCAAACAGAUCAAGAGAAUACAAUGCUUACCUCAGAGUGAUGGCAAAGCUCUUAUAAACCUCAACGUAGAGGGGGCCAGACAACAUCUGUCAAUCAAUGUGGCCACGGUCCCCAUGGCAGAGAACAUGAUGGACCUUAUUGAUGGCUACUGCCGCUUGGAACAUGACACAGAUGAUAGUGUUAUCUACAGACCAAAUAAAGAUGCAAAUGCAAGAACUAGCCUACCUGAGCUCCCUACAAGCCGAGACACCAGCUCCAUCAGGCACAGUAUGGGGUCGGAUAUCUAUUGUGAGAUUCUCGAUGAAAGGCCAAGAUCAGUUGUUAAAUAUGGGAUCGACCGAAACGACAUUGUUCUUGGACGAAUCCUUGGCGAGGGGUUCUUUGGGGAAGUCUACGAUGGGGUUUACAAAAAAGCUGAUGGCGAUAGAGUCAAUGUAGCGGUGAAAACCUGCAAAGACUGCUCACCUGACGUGAUGGAGAAGUUCAUGAGUGAAGCAGUUAUUAUGAAGAACCUGGAUCAUCAGCACAUCGUCAAACUGAUUGGGAUCAUAGAGGAGGAUCCUGUGUGGAUUGUCAUGGAGCUUUAUCAGUAUGGAGAGCUCGGUAACUACCUGACUCAGAACCAGCACAAACUGACGAACACAACUCUGGUGCUGUUCAGCCUGCAGAUCUGCAAAGCUCUUGUCUACCUGGAAGGGGUCAACAUGGUGCACAGAGACAUUGCAGUACGUAACGUGUUAGUUGCCAGUCCAGACUGUGUGAAGCUUGGAGACUUUGGUUUGUCCAGAUAUAUCGAGGAUGAAGAGUACUACAAAGCAUCCGUCACUCGUUUGCCGAUCAAGUGGAUGGCUCCAGAAUCCAUCAACUUCAGACGUUUCACCUCAGCCAGUGAUGUGUGGAUGUUUGCCGUGUGUGUAUGGGAGAUAAUGAGUAGUGGACAGCAGCCGUUCUUCUGGCUGGAGAACAGAGACGUCAUAAACCAGCUGGAGCAAGGAAUCAGACUGCCCAAACCAGACAACUGCCCUCCUGCCCUGUACUCACUCAUGACCCGCUGCUGGUCCUAUGACCCCCGAGAAAGACCUAACUUCACUGAGCUGGUGGUCAAGAUCAGUGAUGUCCACAGGAUGGAGAAGGAGCAGGAAGCGGAGAGAGAGCGGGACAGGGCGCGCUCUACAAAGUUUUUCGACCCCAAGUUCAACUUCAACGAGCCUCCCCCAAAACCUUCAAGAAUGAAACCUGGACGGUUUGGAAACACGCUCAGCAUCGGCCUUCACAUUCAGCUGAAUGAGGCUUUGUGUGCCAGCUCUCCUGACCUAGCCAGCCCAUGUGAAUAUCAGUCACCUGUUGACUCCAUGAACACACUUACCCUGCCGGUCAGGUCCCCGAGACGUCGAAGCAUGGGGGAGAGCGAGUUUCCUCGGUUAGAAGCAAACAGUCGAGAGGAUGCCCAGCGUCUUUGGCAGCGGGAGAAGCAACACAUGCAGGACACGCUCCGGCGGCAGAAAGAGCAGAUGAUGGCGGAUGAAAAGUGGCUGGAGAAUAAAGAGAGACUCCUGGUGGGAAAGAGAGCAUCAUUAACUUUUGUGAAACCCCUCUCUGUGUCUCUGUGUCCUCCUGCUCCAAAAUUCAAUGUGGCCCUGGAGGCAACGCUGAACGAGGCGUCAUUAAACACUGUAAAGCCACUGGCUCGCUAUCGACGCCCCGCUAGUUUAAAUCUGAAUGUUCCUCUGAUAACAGUUCCAAAGAGGGGGUCCAUGUCCAUAAUCUAUAAAAUGAACCUGCCUGUUCUUUUGCAGGACCCUAUGGGACCAGAGGACACCACCAGCCCGGCGUCUGCGGAAGCCGACACAGAAAAUGCACCCCCAGAGAAGCCCCCACGGGUCUCAGCACAGCCGGCGCCUACAGCUGAGCUGGACCGCACUGAUGACAAAGUGUACCAGUCUGUUAUGAACCUCGUCAAGGUCGUUGUCCAACUCAAGAAUGACAUCACCACGCUACAGCCAGAGCAAUACAUCACCAUCAUCCAGUCUGUGGGGAUGACUUUACGAGACCUGAUUCUCAACGUGGAUGACAUACUGCCCACCUUACAUGAGUCUGUCAGGACUGAGAUUGAGGGUACACAGAAGCUGCUGAACAAUGACAUGGCAGAACUGAUCAGCAAAAUGCGUCUGGCCCAGCAGAAUGCCAUCACCUCUCUAAAGGAGGAGUGUAAGAAGCAGAUGUUGGCAGCUGCUCACACUUUGGCCAUGGACAGUAAGAACAUGUUGGACGCUGUAGACCAGGCCAGAGUCAGGGCCAACCUCGCCAAGCCAGCAACCCUCUGAACUGUAUACAAGUUUUCUUUCAGGUUACAUGUCAAGUGUUUAUCAGAGUUUGCCUUGUCUUGUCUUAUCUUUCCUUGUGUGUUGGUCAGAAAUGACACCUCUGCAUGGUUGAGCAUUUGUGUUUAAGUGGGCCUGUAGCUGUGUGCUAAAACUCAGUGGAUAAAAGCUGAUUUAUAUCUUUACAAAGGUAGAAUGUAUACUGAAUUUAUAACUGCCUAUCAGUGUAAUGGUUAAGAGGACAGACCAACACUUAUUUUGACUUUUGAGUAAUAUUGGUUUAAUUAUCUGCCCAAGAAUUGAACUGUUCUUGUAAAUAUAUAAUGAUAAAUUAAAAUAGCUAUUACAUAUUACUAUGGAAAAAAAAACAGUUUAACACUUAACUCUUUUAGCAGUAGCUCAUGUGAAAUGUACAGGUGAUAAACAAAAAACAUUAUCAAACACAACCAUUCAAGUUUUUAUGUACAAACAGUACUGAUCUAAAAUUUAAAGUUUCAAAUUAGGAGUUUAAAAUAAAAUGAAAUGGCUUGUGGAUGAUCAGUGUGCGUGAAGUACUUGAAAAAGCAAAGUUUUUUUCAUUAUGCCUGUCAUCAUUUAAAAUGGUAAAACUAGCAUGCAAGUGAUGUAACAUGAAAAUAAUGUUCAUGAUGUACAUGACCAUACCCUGUAUUUUCAUUGACCAAAUCUCUUGUAUUAAAAA